AUUUAAAGGGCCAGGCAGACACGGCAUGCAGGCUGAUUGAGUCCAGCCAAGGUGUACGGAGCCAUCUGAAGCAGCAGAAUUCUGCCUUAUGUGAAGCAAGACCAUUCUUAGUGCCAAAGAAGGUCAAAAUCCUCCUAAAAGCCCCUUGUGUUUUCUCUGUCGUACAACCUUUCGACUUAAUUUUGUAAAUCUAUAGUAAAAGCCCUAUGAGUGGCAGGUUCAAGGUUUGAUGGUGAUAUCAAGGUUUGAUGGUGAUAUCAAACGCCUUUUGGUGCAUAAUACCUUCCAGAGCUCACUGCUCUUGAAGGAACUGUUUACCAUGAUGAAGAAAGACGGAGAGCAAGGGAAAAUAUAGAAGUGGUUGUGGUUGGAGGAUGUGAUGACAUCACAGGGUUCAGCGGGAACAUGGUGCUUUUAAAAAGCUGAAAGAAACAUCCUGACAGUCAGUUGUCACAUCCCCGUAAAGGAGUCAAACACACGUUAGCUAUUAAAAGGCAAGCUAUCUUCAUCAAGGAAAAUAAAGACUCCGUCCUCACACAGAAUAUGCACUGGCAAAAAUCUUCUGCUCCAGAACAGCAGCCACAGCCCCGGCCCUAUCAAGGCGUCCGAGUCAAAGAGCCCGUGAAAGAGCUAUUGAAAAGGAAACGGGGAAAUGUUCAUAAUGCCAGUGCAACAGCACCUACAACGGUUGUUUUGCCCCAUCAGCCACUUCCUUCUUAUUCACCAAUGGGCCAGCCUUGCAUUGAUAUGGAUGCUGCUGCUACGUCUGCAUUGCCCGUCACAGAUGAAGGAGCACUCUGUUCUGGCUGGAUCUCCCAACCCUCUCCCACAUCCUUACAGCCCUUGACUCAGUGGACCACUUACCCUGACUAUGUGUCCCACGAAGCCGUCAGCUGUCCAUACACAGCGGAUAUGUAUGUUCAGCCUAUGUGUCCCAGUUACACUCUGGUUGGACCUUCGUCUGUUCUGACUUACACUUCUCAACCACUGAUCACCAAUUUUGCACCCCGAAGCACCACCCCUGCCGUGGUGCCUCAGCUGGAGGUGACGGAUCAGCAGCCCCCUCUCACGUACUUCCCAUGGGCUCAGCCCCUCUCUGCGCUGCCGGCCUCCCCUUUGCAAUACCAACCAGCUUCUUCCUCGCUUCCCGGGCCACAGUUUGUGCCCUUGCCGAUCUCCAUUCCCGAACCAGCCCCCCAGGAGCUGGAGGACGCCAGGCGAGUCAUCGGCACGCUGCCCAUUGAGAAGCUGCUUCUAGAAGAUGAAGACAAUGAUACGUAUGUUUUAAACCAUGCUCUUUCCGUUGAAGGGCUUUAAGUUGCACAUCUGGGGCCUGAUCCUCAUCUACUCAAUACUCCACCUGGCACCACAGCGGGUUUUGAGUACAGAGGAAAAGCAGGCUGGAGGGUGGGGUGGGAACUCUAUUUACAAUGUUGUUGUCCACCUCUAGCACACCAUGACAUGCAACUUGUGUGAAACUUGCUUUGUUCUGGGGCCCAGCACAAGAUUUCUCUGCUGUUACGGUUUCUGCUACCUCUCCCAGGUAGGCUUUUGAUAGUCCACAGUUCUUGUGCUCAGCAUCAGCACAAGGUGACUUUCAUCCUCAGACACAGGGCAUAGUCUCAAAUUGACAUCCUAUAGCGUAGCCAUGGUCAACUGUAGCAUUUGGUGGGGUUACACUUGCCUCCAAAUACUGGCAAGACCCAGUUCAACAGGACUGCUUUCCAGAGCUCAGAGUAAAUGCAGAAUGUUUUUGAACUCUAAAAUAUCCACCUUCAAGAUGGGGGGGAUGGUUUUCUAGCUGGUUGGUAAUGCUGCAUGUUUUACCAAUGGACGGAUCCUGGUCCCACUGAAGUCAGUGGGGGUUGUGCCUGAGUCAGGAUUGCAAGACAUGGCACUCUAUCAGGAGAUCUUUGAGGAGACAGGGUCUUCCAAAAUCUCGGCUUCAGUCUAACAAGUAAUUCAUGGCGUUACUACCAGCCAGCAGUACUUUGAUUUGUUGUGCUGAGCCAGGAAACAUUAGCGACCCCUCUUGUGCUCACUGCUAUCAAGUUCCUCCGUGCUGUAGUCUCCCAGGCCUGCAGGUGCAUACGUUUUCCUUAUAGCUUUCUGAUUUCUUUCCUGGAGAAUGAGCAGCUUUACCUUUUCCUCUGAUGCAACUGUAAAUAUUAUUGUUGAUGUUCAGGAGUGCCAUGCCACAGGCAAAUAUAUUUGCAGGAGAUAUAUCCCCUUCUAACUCUGUUUAUUUGCUUUCUUAAUCAACAAGGGACUCUUGGUGGGUGAACACAAUUUCUCUGGGUUUUUCUGCUUUCCAAAGCCCAGGAUCCUCAGGUGAUUUUGUUAUUUGCAAAACUAACAGUGAAAUAAUUCAUUGCACUGUUAUUGCCUGGUGUCCAGCGCUCCAGUUGCCAUCCAGACAAUAUCUCAAGUGACCUUAUGGUUUAUGCCUGAGUGAGGUUUGCAAGCUCAGGUUGAAAGUCUUGAGGACUUUAAAAGCAUGUUUUGUUAUUUGAUAUUCACAAAUCUGAAAGACGUAAGCAAUGGAUCAUGUAAGUGAUCAUAAAGUUAUUUGAAUACAGCAGUAGUUCAGGUGCAUUGGAAUUAGUGGCUUACAUUUGCAGAAAAACCCAGCAAAGAAAUUAAUUAGAAGGAGCUUACUUUGCCGCUGCUUAUUCCAGUUUUAUAAGAACAAAGAUAUUCAGUAGGUAAAACUGGAACAAUGCAGUUGUGAAUCAAGCCUGUGGUUGCUAAGAUUGCUUUUAAAUUUCUUUCACUUCAAUGUAUGUAAAUUCUGCGUGUGAAUAUAAAACAAUGAUGAACUGUUUCAGAAUUUCUUUCUGGGUUGUUCUGGUUAGAAAAAGACAAUCUUUUUCAAUAAAGAUCUACAGUAACUUUCA